GGCUGUCAUGGCAACGCGGCCCGCCCGUUCCGGCCUCCAUGAGGCGGAAGCGGCCGGAGGGGCCGUGGCUAGUGAUGGCCGGCGGCCUGCUCGCCCUGCUCGCCCUGCUCUGGGGCGCCCAGGUUUUAAAAGCAUUUGAUUACUCCUCUCCAUGGAAGGGACAGCAACAGAUGUACAAGUUGGACAUAGGCUGGCCUAAAAUUCCAGAAUACUUCACUGGUCAAACAUUUUGUGUUGCUGUUGACUCUCUUCAUCGUUUGGUCUAUGUGGGACAAAGGGGAGAUAAUGUACCAAAGGUACUUGUAUUCUCAGAGGAAGGCUAUUUUCUUUACUCCUGGAAUAAUACAGUUGAAAUGCCUCAUGGUAUCUUUGUAUUGAACACCGCAACAGAUAGUUCAGUAUGGAUCACAGAUGUCGGAACAGGGAAAUAUGGUCACACCGUGAAACAAUACAGCCCUUCGGGUAAACUUAUGCAGGUCUUGGGCACACCAGGUAAUGCUGGUUCAAGUUUGAUUCCCCUGCAAUUUGAUCAACCAGCAGAGGUCUUUGUAGAGGAAAGUGGAGAUAUCUAUAUUGUGGAUGGAGACGGAGGAAUGAAUAACAGAUUGCUCAAACUAUCCAACGAUUACAAAGAGAUAUGGCUGACUGGAACAAAUGGGACCGGCAUUGGUCAGUUCAAUAUUCCUCACAGUGUAACAGUGGAUCCUUUUGGACGGGUAUGGGUUGCAGACAGAGACAACAAAAGAAUCCAAGUUUUUGAUAAAGUCACAGGGGAAUGGCUGGGGUCUUGGAGCAGCUGUUUUUCAGAAGAUGGACCCUAUUCUGUCAGAUUUACUGCCAAUUACAAAUACCUGAUUGUAGCUCAGCUGAAUAUCAACCGGUUAGCAAUCUUGGCAGCACCACCGGUUGGCUCCAUUGGGGACUGUAUUAUGGUCAACACAGUCCAGCUGGCAGAUGAAACCAAACCGCACCUUGUGGAUGUAGACAUGAAGAGUGGAGCAGUCUAUGUUGCAGAGAUUGGAGCCCAGCAAGUACAAAAAUACAUACCCUUAAGCUGAUGGUUCCUCACAACUGCCGUGGCACAAGCUAUGUGACAUAUAAGACCUACAACCACGUUUUCUUGAGUUUUCUGUAGCUUGUUUUUCCUUAGACAAGCACAGAACAUUGUGCUCCCAGAACUGUAGAGCCAGGAAUCUGUCCUAGCUGUUCUGCAGUCCUGGAGAAGUACUUGGUCUUGAGGCAUUACUCAUUUUAGUAAUGCUAUGGUGACUUUUGCUUUUGUUGCUGGGAAUUGUAAAAUGACUUUGAUAUGCAUCUUCAUUUUAUUAUAUAAAACUCUACAAACACAGCUGCUGUUCUUAAAUGUAUAGGGUCAUCUUGGGGCUCCUCUACUUAGCCUGUGUGUUGUUAAAUGAAGGUCAGAACUGUCUGAAAGAGGUGUAUAAACGAUUUCCUGGGAAGCGAGCACUUCAUUUUAAUGUUUCUUCACUUGAUUUUCAGAAUCAUUGUGCUGAUACUGCCUAACACUGAAUACAAAGAUGCAUUAUGAUGUUGAAUGAGAUGCUGCUGGAUACUGGUGUCAGUGCCGAUACUGGCAUCUGCCUUAGGUGCUUAAUGACAUAAGCAUUGAAAUCUAAGUUUUCAGCUCUAGCUAAAGUGGUAAAGUCAAUAAGGCAAAUGAGCUUAAGUUAAAUUGAUACCAGGUACUUCAAACUAAAUUAAAAGUAUGUGCACAGCAGCCAAGUACUGAUUCUUAACUAAAUCAAUUUUUAACCUAAUUUGGUUUACAUCAGCGUAAGUCUUCUGUUCUGUAAGAUUUCAUAGUGCAACAUAUUGAAGUUCAACUCAUUUAAGUUCCUCAAGAUGAACAAAUUGCAGUUUGCUACGAAAGUCUUAAUCAGCAUUAGGGACUGGGAGACACAUGAUUUUUCUCCCACUUUUACUGAAACUCUGUCAGUUAACAGCAGUGCAUCUGUUUUGAUUUGGGGAUUUUUAAUCGUUUUAUAUCCAGCACUUAGACAUCAUCAACUCUGUUAAUGUCUAGAACUAAGUUUCUUAUGCUAUAUCCUAGCAGCUGUCUCCAAGCUCUGUCCUUAAAAAAUGCUGUCUCUUUCCAUUCCCAGUCCAGGGUGGUUCUGUUUUCUUUACAUGUUGCUACAAGAUUUUUAAAUUAGUUCACUUCCUAGCACAGAGGGAAGUGGGUAUAGGAAAAUGGCAUGGGGAAAACAGCACAGCAGAAAUGACAGUGAAUAACUGUUUAUCUCUGUAAAGCUGUGGACCCACAUUCCAUAUUUAUCUCCUAGCUCUCCAAAACAUUUGUGAGGAUCUUUGCUGUUUCCACAGACUCAUUCUACUGUGUGGACUAUUUUAAUGCUAAUUACCAGCUAAGAGAGGCAAUUUUUUUUCAACUUCCUUAGAAAGGGAAUAUGGGAAAUUGAAUUAUUCUGAUGGGAAAUACCCAUUUCAGUGAAUGUUACCAAAAGCAAAUGCAUCUUAAUUUGGCAGACUUUAACCUAUGAUCACAAAUUUCUGGGUCAGCAGAUGGGAAAACUGUCUAGAAAAGUCAGAUUCAUAUGUUCUGUGGAAAGUAACUGGGCUGUGGAGCCUGAUGGCCUGAUUUCAGUACUGUCUGAAAUGAAUACACUAAAUAUGAAUGCUUUGUUGUUGGCUACAUCCACAACAACAAAAGUGGAUCUAACUUGGCUGCCCUCGUGCAAGCCUUAGAACCAGGACUUCAGAGUUAUACACUAACAAGUAUGAUCCAUCAUUCACAUGGUUUUGAAUGGGAGGCAGUAAGCAAUAUUUAUUAGCUGAAAAAGUAGCAGUACUUCCUCUAGACCUAGAUGGAUAGGUCCACAUUGCUUUGCAGUGUGUUGUGUGGAUUUUCUACCCAGGUCUCCACUAGCUCAGGGAUCUCUGCUCUGUGUGCAAUUUAGCUACUUCUCACUUACACGAGGUGUAUUUCUUUAAAAAAAAAUUACGCUCAAACAUAGUUAAUGAUAUUAUCUUGGUGGUGUAAGGGGUCCAGACAUAUCCAUCCUCCCUCACUGCAUCCUCUAUUUAUUUUUCCUUUGUCACAUCCAUUUGAAACUGGACUCAAAGCUCUCUGGGAACAUGCUUCUGUGUUCAGUAAAGGAGUAGUGCACUUUUGGAUGUUGAUGAAUAAGUUAUUGCUACGAGGUUCUGUUUACUGCCUGGAUCUGCUCUUAAUUCUCCUUACGUGGGCUUUUGCAGCCCCUAGGAAUGGGGAGCAUUCAUCCAGUUUUGUCUGGCUUUACUGAAGUAGGCCAUGGAGCCAAAAUGUGCCUUGCCUCUUGGCAUUUGGGUAUCUGUGAUAAGAAGGGAUGCUCAUUAUUAACUAGUAUGAGAUGCUUAGACUCCUUUUUACCUCCGUGUUAAUGGCUAGACUGAGAAAAUGAUUGAUUUGUGCACUAACUUACUAAUUCUCUGAAGGUUUUCUUAUGUAUUAUCUUGAAACUGAUUUCUGAAAAAUCACGUAAUAGGGUAAUUUGAUAAAAUAAAUUGAGAAUUUCCCAUUAUGAAAGGCUUAGGUGCUUUAUUUCUGUACUAAUAUCAAUACAUUCCAUUGGAUUACUUUUCUAAAUAUGGGGUCCUCAGCACUUUAAUAAGGUAUUUAAUAAUUUCUGAUACCAACAUUCAACUAUAAUCUAAAAUUCCAUGUUAUCUUUAUACAUUACUAUUUUGUGGCCCAUCUCAUGCGUUCUAAUUUAUGUAUCCAUAAAGACACAUAAAUGUCUCCCAGAUAUUUUCCUCUGAGUAAUUAGUAAAAUGGGAUGAUGAGUUAUAUAAGUGCCACAUAUAAAAAAAGGUAUUUAAACUGUAUACCCUUUUGAUGCUAAUAGGGAAAUUAAACCACACUAACAAAACACUUCUUAAUGUAGAAUCAGGUUUUAUUUCCAGAAAAGAUUUACCGAGCAAUCUGUUUAGUUUUUAGAAGAUCAAGAAGGGAUUUCUCUAUGGGUUAGAAAUACUUGCACAAGAAGAAAAAUAACAUACUACAGUGUUAACUUGACAAGAAAGAAAAUGUAAGGUCGUUGCUAGAACCCCCAAAAAAUCUGAUUUUAGUUAACAGGUGCCAACUUCCAAGAGCGAGAAGUAAUCACUGGAGUAUCCAAGCCAAGGAAAUAGCAAUGUUCCAUGUUUUGAUGUCUCCAACUUUGCAGACUUUUACUUUUUUUUUUUUUUAAUUCGUCUUUUUCUUUGGUUAAGUACCUUGUUAACAGGGUGACAUUCCCAGGAUAUAAGACCAGGUCUAUUAGUAUAGUUCUUCUUGACUUUGCUGUGAUGCUAACCAGCCUUUUUUUUUUUUUUUAAUUUUUUUUUUGUGUUAUUGUAGUCAGCAAUUGAUUAACAAUAUCCGUCUGGCCAAAACAAAAGAAGCCUGAAUCAUGUUUGUGCCCUGCAAGAUCAGUUUAGUGAGGCUGAACUGCCUCAAUAAAAGCUGAGGGGGAAGGUGUACUGGUAUGUCUGUGGGUCUGCUCAUUACUGUUAGUAAGUUCACGGCUUUAAAGUGGUUAUUAACCUUUUUUUGAAGCAUUAAUUAGUUAUUUAUCUUAGUUGACACUUUCUUAACAAUUUGUUACCUGAGAAGCCUUCAUAAGCGAUUUAUCACCAAGAAGUGUUUGCAGUCACUGAAGUUGCUUGUAUAAAGCAUGAGAGGGCACCAAACCCCUGCUGAUGCUUGGCAUGCUCAGCGUAGUGAUAUACUAGCACACAUAAACAGCUGGUAAUUUCUCAACGUUUGGAGUAUGUCUACAAAGAUAAUGAAUUGCUGCAGCCUUUCUUUUUCUUUUCAAAAUAGAUUGCUUUAAACAUAAGCAUAUAAUUGUAUUAUAGUCAUUUUGGCUUAUUACUACUGGAUUUAUGUCCAUCUUUUCUUUAUUUCCAUUGUUUUUCCUAGAAAAAAUCAGUAAUUCUGUGUCCAGAGACAACUGGGUAUGGUGAAUUGAUUCUUCUAUUCCUUAUGUCAUUGAUUUCAAUGGAAUUACUCCUGAUGUGUUGCUUUGGAAACAUAAUAAUUUAUAAUAGCAUAACUGUAGCCGCAUAAUUAUACCAAAAGAGUAAUAUUUCCCUACAGAGGUGACCCAGAGUGAGAUUAGAUCUAAGUUUACUGGAUCUCAUUCACCAGUUUUAUUCUACCUCUCCUUUCUCAGCCUUUGUCUAAAAACGUUGCUCUGAUUUUUGUAUUAUUAUUUUAUUCUACUUUUGGGGGAUUGCUUGUAUGAAAUUUGAAAGUAGAAGCACGUUAAUUUAGGCACAGAGGAUGAUUUGUUACUGCAUUAAAGCCAAAGUAACGCCGAUACAAAUGAGAUAUGAAUAGACACACUUUAUCAUCACAUGUUUUCCUCAGCCUCAAAACAAAUUUGAUUGUGUAACUGGAUCUGCAAAACAGAGGUAAAAACCUUUGCCCAGUUACACCAGGAAUUAACCUAUUAUUUCUGUCUGAGCUAUGACGGGAUCUCUUAGAAACAAAUUAAGACUGAAGAAAUCUAACUCUUGAAUGACUAAGGUCUAUAUAUUUUAAUCCUUCUUAGUAGUCAAUAAACAUCAUUAUAAAGGGAAGGCUUUACAUUUAGUCUGGAUUUGUUUGCCUUCAACCUCAUGUUUUCAGACAGCUUAGAGAUCUGUCUAAUGUGGGAAUUUUUUUUCCUAUCCCCCGUGGAGUCAUUCACAGAUGAUGACUGACUCAUCUCUUGCUCCACUCCUUAUCUAAACUGUAAAGAUCAGAAAACUUGCCUUGCAGUGGAAAACUGGUAAGGCUUUAAUUUCAAAAUGUUUUCGUUGCAUUUAUUAUUAAUAACAAACAAAUCCAAAAGAAUGUUCACGGUGUGACAGGAAGUCUGGCUAUUAGAACUGCCAGCACUAAACCUAUCUGUGGGCUGUACAGGGGUGAUACCAUCUCCCCGUGAUUUGAUGUGGCUGAAUUUGUUUCUGAUCCUAACUCUCAGUACAGUCCUGUCUCUGACAGUUGUCAAAGGAUUUGGGUGACUAGGUGGUCAAGGUGUAAAGGAACCCCUCUGGAAGAAAAGACCAGAAUAGGUACUGCUUUCUUUUCAAAAUCUGUGCUUGCUGUUAAAGUCCUUAGCAAACAUUCCAUGCUGUUAACAUUUUUUUUUCACAGGGUCUUAAUCAGAAGAUCUGGCUGAAAUUGAAGUGUCAGUAAAUGGCUUAUCAAAACCAACGGAGAAGUUGCUAGCAGGGUGGUCAUUUCAUUAAGGUAAUUCAGUAUUUUCAGAAGACUUCUGAAAUACUAACGUUUGCUUAGAACUGCCUUAGCAGAGGAGGAAAGAAAAAGUGGCGAAUAUGCUUUAAAGAAAGAAAAAAAACAAACAAAAAACCCCACAAACCCACACCUGUGUGUGAGGAUUCUGGAGAGAUCAGUAGAAUUGAUGACUGUACCUUGUGAAUUGACAU